AUGGGGUUCUUGGAUUUCUUGGAUAACAGGAUUGGCAUUUGCAAGGACUCGAUACUUUUUCUUUAUCGAUUUAAUUGGGCUCAGGGGCAUUCAACCAUAUGCACCUCUUCGGGUUAUGCGACAAUUUGGAUGGGUGAAGAAGAAGAGGAAGAAGACCCAGAAGAAGAAUCGAAAGAGGACCCAGAAGAAGACCUAGAAGAGGAUUUUAAAGAGGACCCUGAAGAAGGCCCAGAAGAGGAUCCCGAAAAGGACCCAGAAGAAGAAGUGUGGGAAGACCACAUGGAGGUUUCUGAAAUGGGUUCUAAUAUCUAUAACCCAAGAGAUGGAGGGGUGAUAGACAUGUCACCCGAGCACGGCCCUGAAGAGUCUUUAGAGUACCACCCAAGGCCACAUUAUAAUGUGGACGAUGACGAUGACGAUGACGAUGCUCCAACAUGGCCGUAG